AUGUUGAGAAAUGAAAGCAUCGGAUCUCUGUCCCUUUUGGAAAUAGCAAAGAAAGAAAAUCUAACACACAGUGGAACUGGGCUCACAAACAAUCAUUUUGAUUAUUUUAAAGAGUGGUUAGAAUUAAGACAAAAGAUUGUUGUUAGUACUUCUGCCUUUCUUUUUGUUAUUAGCAUUUUUGGCCUUAUGGGGAAUGGAACUGUCAUCUGGUUUCUUGGCUUUCACAUGAAAAGGAAUCCCUUCACCACCUUCAUCCUGAAUUUGGCUAUUGCAGACCUCGGGGUCCUCAUCUGCUUAGUUCCUUUUGUAACACUGCCAACUCUGCUUUUAUUUUCAAGCACAUUAUGUUGGCCAUUACUAUUUUUUGGUGUUGUGUUUCUUUUCUACAUGUACAUCACUGGUCAAUUUCUGUUGACGGCCAUCAGCAUUGACAGGUGUGUUUCAGUCCUCUUCCCAAUCUGGCAUCGAUGCCACCGCCCACAGCACUUGUCCACCAUUGUGUGUGCCCUAAUAUGGAUCCUUACUUUUGUGCUUGUUGGAAUUGCCAUUUAUGUUAUCUUUAAGACCUUUGAUAGCGAUGUACUUUUCUACCUGUUUCUGAUUCCUCCUUUGCUUUGCCUCCCACUCACAACUGUCUCCUCUCUGAUCCUGCUUAUAAAGGUUUUCUUGAGACCACAACAGAGGAACCAGAGAAGGGUCUUAAGAGCCGUCCUGCUUGCUCUCCUCUUCUUCCUCUUUUUCGCUUUUACAUUAACAUUCUUGACUAUAAUUAAUAGGUUUCAAUUCACAUCUUCAUUUUUAAUAAAUGUUGGUUACUUAUCCAGCUGCCUAAACAGCAGUGUUAACCCACUGAUUUAUUUGGUUGGAAGAAAGAAACAAAGUCAAUCUAGAGAGAGCAUGAAGGUUGUACUCCAGAGGCUUUUCAAGGAGGAGGAACAUGGAAGAGAGGAGGUAGAACUCCGGGUCAGCCCCCAGAUAUGA